GAACUUGGGUACCUAUGCAAAACCCAUCGUUCAUCUGGCAAGACAGCUGUCAGUUAUUCUCUUUAUUUUUUUGGAUGAUGGUGGAGAAUAUAAAAAGGAAGAGGCAAAAGGACGACUUUGUCUUUCAAAGGUUAAGUGGAGUCAACACCGAUCAUUUGCAUUAUACUCAGCUUAGUAUCAAAUUAACUAAUCCUGACUGAGGGAGGAAAAAUGGCGAACGUAGCUGUGGAAUUUCUGGUGGAGAACUUGAUGCAGCUGCUGCGGGACAACGCAGAGCUGAUUCUUGGGGUUAAGGAGGCUGCUGAGAGUCUACUUCAAGAUCUUAAUGAUUUCAAUGCUUUCCUUAAGCAAGCUGCCAAAUGCCGCAACGAGAACGAUGUUCUCAAAGAAUUGGUCAAGAAGAUUAGAACCGUUGUUAACUCUGCUGAAGAUGCUAUUGAUAAGUUUGUUAUUGAGGCUAAGCUUCACAAGGACAAGGGAGUAACCAGGGUAUUAGACCUUCCCCAUUAUAAAAGAGUCAGGGAAGUAGCUGGCGAGAUCAAAGCUAUACGAAACAAAGUCAGAGAGAUCCGCCAGAAUAAUGCCAUUGGCCUUCAGGCCCUUCAAGAUGAAGAUCUAUCUGCCAGAAGUGUCGAAGAAAGAAAGCCUCCGGUGGUAGAGGAAGAUGAUGUUGUUGGAUUUGACGAGGAAGCGGAUAACGUAAUCAAACGUCUUCUUGGAGGAUCAGAUCGUCUAGAAGUUGUUCCAGUUGUUGGUAUGCCUGGUCUUGGCAAAACAACGCUAGCAAAUAAAAUUUUCAAGCAUCCUACAAUCGGGUAUGAAUUUUUUACUCGUAUUUGGGUUUAUGUUUCUCAAUCAUACAGGAGAAGAGAAUUAUUUCUCAACAUCAUCAGCAAAUUCACUCGAAAUACCAAACAAUAUCAUGUUUUGUGUGAGGAGGAUUUGGCUGAUGUAAUACAAGAAUUCUUGGGAAAGGGAGGAAAAUACUUGAUUGUGUUGGAUGAUGUAUGGUCUGAUGAAGCUUGGGAACGCAUCAAGAUAGCUUUCCCAAAUAAUAACAAAUGCAAUAGAAUAUUGUUGACCACUCGAGAUACCAAAGUCGCUAAACAAUGCACUCCCGUACCUCAUGAUUUAAAAUUUCUGACCGAAGAUGAAAGUUGGAUUUUACUGGAGAAGAAAGUUUUUCACAAGGAUAAAUGUCCUCCUGAAUUGGAGCUGUCUGGACAGAGCAUAGCAAAAAAAUGUAACGGACUACCCCUUGCGAUUGUUGUUAUUGCAGGAGCACUAAUAGGGAAAGGCAAGACAUCAAGAGAGUGGAAACAAGUGGAUGAGAGUGUUGGUGAACACCUCAUAAAUAGAGACCAACCCGAGAAUUGUAACAAAUUGGUGCAAAUGAGUUAUGAUCGUUUGCCUUACGACUUGAAAGCAUGCUUUUUAUAUUGUGGUGCAUUUCCUGGAGGCUUUCAAAUCCCCGCUUGGAAGUUAAUCCGUUUGUGGAUUGCGGAAGGGUUCAUACAGUAUAAAGGCCACUUAUCUCUUGAGUGUAAAGGAGAAGACAACUUGAAUGAUCUCGUUAACAGGAAUCUAGUGAUGGUAAUGGAAAGAACGUCCGAUGGUCAAAUCAAAACAUGUCGUCUCCAUGACAUGUUGCACGAGUUUUGCAGGCAAGAGGCUAUGAAGGAAGAAAAUCUUUUCCAAGAAAUAAAGCUAGGAUCUGAGCAAUAUUUUCCCGGAAAACGAGAACUAUCCACCUACCGCCGCUUAUGCAUUCAUUCCUCAGUUUUGGACUUUAUCUCAACAAAACCCUCAGGUGAACAUGUCAGGUCAUUCUUAUCUUUUUCUUCAAAAAAGGUUGAGAUGCCAUCUGCCGACAUCCCAACCAUACCAAAAGGCUUUCCGUUGUUAAGGGUUUUGGAUGUAGAAUCCAUCAACUUCAGUCGUUUUUCCAAGGAUUUUUACCAGUUAUAUCAUUUGAGGUAUGUUGCUUUCUCAUCUGACUCUAUCAAGAUGCUUCCUAAACUCAUGGGAGAACUUUGGAACAUCCAAACCCUCAUAAUUAACACGCAGCAACGCACUCUUGAUAUUCAAGCAAACAUAUGGAAUAUGGAACGAUUAAGGCAUUUGCACACCAACUCUUCUGCUAGAUUGCCUGUGCCUGUUGCUCCAAAAAGUAGUAGUGUUACUUUGGUAAAUCAAAGUCUGCAAACUCUCUCCACAAUUGCUCCCGAAAGCUGCACAGAAGAAGUGUUUGCAAGAACUCCGAACUUAAAAAAGUUGGGCAUUCGUGGGAAAAUAGCUGUGCUUCUUGAUAAUAAAUCUGCUGCGUCGUUAAAAAAUGUGAAGAGGUUAGAAUACAUUGAAAACUUGAAGCUGAUGAAUGAUAGUAACCAAACAGGAAAGUUACGCCUUCCUCCUGCAUAUAUAUUUCCAACAAAGUUAAGGAAGCUGACUUUAUUAGACACCUGGUUGGAGUGGAAAGAUAUGUCUAUAUUGGGGCAGUUGGAACACCUUGAAGUCCUGAAGCUGAAAGAAAAUGGGUUUACGGGAGAGUGCUGGGAGUCUGCUGGAGGUUUUUGUUCCCUACUGGUGUUGUGGAUUGAAAGGACAAACUUAGCUUCUUGGAAAGCAUCAGCUGAUGACUUUCCGAGACUUAAGCAUCUUGUUCUCAUCUGCUGUGAUAAACUUAAGGAAAUUCCCAUUGGCCUGGCUGAUAUACGCAGCUUCCAAGUGAUGGAGUUGCAAAAUUCCACCAAAACAGCAGCAGUAUCUGCACGGCAAAUACAAGACAAAAAAUACAAGCAAGCUCAAGAAGGAAAUAAAAACAUUGCGUUCAAGGUUUCCAUAUUUCCACCUGAUCUCUGAUUGCAACUGGAUAUGUAGCUUUCCUUGACUGGUAAGUUAAAUCUUUCCGUGACCUUAAUUAGAUUGGUCAAUAUCUGGUUCAUAUUUUUGUAGAGAUUUUUGCAACCCCCUACUCUGCUAUCCCACUUUCCAUAUCCAUACAGUAUAAGUUGCAUGGGAACAGGGAUUUCUGUCCCUGCAUUGCAAUGCAUUACACCAAAUGUGGUCCUUGAAAACCAAAUAGGGGGCAGAUAAGUAUAUCCUCUACUUGACUAAGGAUUCUAACAAUUCACCUCGUUUCUUGUCUCAAAUUGCAGUCUGAUGAUAUUUAACUAAAAUUGGGACAUAAUGUGGAUGGUGAUGCUCAGCUUUUUGCCAUGGUACUUUAUUUGGGUAAUUGGGACUCAUGGAAAUCUAUUCUUCAACAGUUCUCUAUCUUCCAUAUGCUAAGAUAGAAGAAGUGAUAAUUUUUAUGACUUUCAAAGUAGUAUUUUAGUCAUCAUCAGAUCACGAGAUUUCUAUAUCAAAACAGUCUGUAAAAAACAAAAACUGUAAAAAGCAGUUUACAUAGUGCAGGUACAAGCUUAUGCUACUUAGCGCUUCCUCUGGCAAGCUUUAUCAAUUAGCAAUAUGACACAGAUGUUUAAUAAUUACCAAGUAUUUUUUUCCCUUUUUGCUUUUAUCUCAUUUGGUGCUUAACCUGAGGGUUGCAAUGAAGAUGUACUAGAUCACACCUUUCAAUCUUGGCAGGGUUUCAUAUUUCUCUUGGUCACCUACUGCUACAAUGUUCUUUUAUUUAGAAAACGAAAGCUGAUUAUUUGUGAUGGGUGCAGGUCCUCAAUGAAUCACACUGCACGAGGCUGGUACCUUGGA